AUGGCCCACAGCGCGGCCCUCGCGCAUACCUCGGCGCCCCUGCCCCCUCACGCCAGCGUGCAGUGGCGCCAGUAUGUCGCGCCUGACGCGCCGGAUGUCCUAGCCGAUGCAGCACGCAAGUUGCAGGGCGCGCUGAUCACGGCGGCGCCCGCGUCGCCGUCGCCCGCCACAUGGAUCGCGGCGCCCACGUCUGUCCCGCUGUAUGCCCUCCAAGGCACGCCCUCGUGCCUGUGGGUGUUUCUAUGGCAGGAUACACACCCGACGCCAGUGAUGGAGCGCUACCUGUCUUCGCUCGUGCUGCGCUCGUCGGGCGCGUACGUCGUGUCCCGUGUCGACGAAGCGGAUCCCGCCUCGUCGACGAGAGAAGCCCACCUGCACUUUCUGCACGCCGUGUGCCAUGCGGUGGCGGACGGACUGUGUGGUGCGUCCCAACUGCGCGUCGCGGGUGGCCUCCUGCAUCUCGACGGGCGCGACGAUGCAGGCGCCGCGUCCUCGACGGACUACACGACGUUUCGUGCCUACACGUCUCAUACUACCCUGCAUGUCAUGUCUCGCACGGAGCGUAGGCCGUGGACGCGCCUCGAUGCGCGCGUCGUGGCUGGCGAUGCACUGCCGCGCAAUGUCGUGCUGGGCGAGACGCGCGUCCGUCUGCUUCCGACGCUCCGGCGCGGCAGGCUGCUGUCUACGUGCAUCGACACAAGCGAGUCGUGCCGCCAGCUGCGCGAGGCACUCGAUGACGUGCUGCCGACGCGCGACCCUCAUUUCGCGACGCUGUGGCUCGAUGAGCACGACGACGAGCGUCCGCUCGGCACGGUCCUCUGGCCCGUGGACCUGUGUCUUGUCGAGCACGACGUGAGCGCUCUCGAUGCGCCCGUGCCUUGGACGAUGCGCUCGGCUCAGGCGCUCUUGGCAUCGGCCGCAUGGCCGGAUGAGCGCACGAAGCUCGUAUCGCCUAUGCCGCCCCGCAUCGUAUCGCUCGUCUCGUCUUCGCCGCACGUCGAUCCCCCCGGCUUCGACGACGACGAUAUGUUUCGCACGAUUGGACAACUGACCGAGGAUGAUUUGCGCUUCUUUCAGACACCGCCACGGCCCGCGGACCCUCCGUUCCCUGCGCCGGCGAGCACGACGCCAGCGAGGACGCCCGUCGCGCCCAAGUACGAUGUGCACGGCAAAUUCUUCAUACCCAGCGGGCCCCGUCGCGAAGAGGGACGGCCGUCCAUGUCGCCGCGCUACUCGUUCGGCACGCCGCCGAGCGCCGGCGCAUGGACGGCGAGUCCGACGCCGUCGACGGACUCGGACAGCGCCGCCGACGAGCCGGAUGCGGCUCAGCGGACGCUGGCGCUGGCUCGGCUGCAUACCCGUGCCGCGGCGCCUCCGCGCUUCUCUCCGCCUGCUCUGCCCGUGAGCGACGCACAUGCGCAGCGUGUGCGCCUUGCCUGGGUCGCUCUGUACGCUCGCACGGCGCAGCAUGCUGUGCCGCCGACCAAGCUCCUCGCCCCCCUCGUGUCGACGACGUAUCCUGCCGAGGCAUGCUCGCCGCCCAGUCUGCUCGUCGGGUGUCAGCACGCGCUGAUCCAGAUCUCGAUCGACGCCGUGUCGUCCUGGACGCAGCUGGGUCUCGUGCCUGUCGGCGGACCACGCACUAUCGGCGCGCACGUCGUGCUUGUCGAGUGCGAUCUACCCGACGACGCCGUGCGCUCGUGGGUCCAGACCUUGUCGGAUGAGCUGGGCGCACACGCCCUCGGCACGCUGGUGCCUGGGCAUGUGUGGCGCACGCAGCGCGACUCGGACCUGCAGGCUGUGCGCGACGUGAUCCAAGACCGCGCCGUGGUCUAUCUCGUGUACGGCCACGACCACGCAGCGUGUGAGCGCCUCUUCCGGUCAUGGCCGAUGCCGCGCGCGGACGUGUCGCUCGUCCCCGUCCCGGAGAGCGAGGUGUGGAUGCGCCCCCCGUCCAGGGCGCUCAUGUGGGCGUCGUAUGAGGACGCCCUGCAUCGCGUGUGCCACAUCGCGCCGCGCACCUACGAGGCAUGCACGUACUUGCGUGAGCGCGCAUCGCUGCGACUCGCCUGGCCACCUCUGCUCUCGUACGAUCCGUUGCAUCAGGGCGCCGUGCUGCAUGUGGCCUACGAUAUCGUCGGCCGCAUCGUGCGUGUCGUGUGCACAGACGACCGCGCACAGCGACUCGUGUGCCGCGCAUGGGACGCCGGCGAUGCGUGUGCGUGCAUACCGCUGCUCUGGCAGGUCGUGCGUGCGAUUGUCGCCAACACAUCGGCGGCUUGGCACGUCGUGAUUGGGCGCCUAGGCACCAUGUCGCAGGCCGACAUGGACAUGUGGGCGUCGUGCCUCGAUACGCGCGAGCCCUUCCUGCUCUCAGUGGGCCUUGUGUGCCUGGAGCGCGAUGCCUGGCCUACGGCGCACGCCGAUGCAUCGGUGGUCUACCUGUCGGACAUGCCGCUGGGUCUGGCCUCAGGUGCGUGGCCGAUCCGCGUGCCUCGCUCGGCGUAUGUGUCUGCCGGCGCCUAUGCCAUUCAUCUCGUGCAGCUACGUCACCUGGCUGAUCUCGACGCGUACAUCCACGACGUCGUGCUGCAUUACUACGCGCUGCAGUGCAUGACGCAGCUGCGGUGGACGACUCCGGCCCCCGCUCUGCCGUGGCCUUUUGCUAUUUUGGCUUGUACAUAA